UUUCCGUGGUACGUGUACAGAAAUGGCGGAAUACUCUUUUGUGAAAUCGACCAAGUUGGUUCUGAAGGGAACGAAGUUGAAGAAUAAGAAGAAAAACAAAGACAAAAAAAGGAAAAGAGAAGAAAAUGCAGAAGAUCAGCUUGAUAUGGUUGAAGGCUGGUGGAAGGUAACAAAUUUUGGCGAAAUCACAGGAACUGUAGCAAUAGAGAUGGGACAAGGAACAUAUAUCAGCGCUCUUGACAAUGGCCUUUUUACACUUGGAGCACCUCAUAAAGAUGACGGUCCUAGCCCUCCUGAGCAAUUUACUGCUGUCAAGCUGUCAGACACAAGAAUUGCACUGAAAUCAGGCUAUGGCAAAUAUCUUGGUAUCAAUUCAGAUGGACUAGUUAUUGGACGUUCUGACGCAAUUGGUUCAAGGGAGCAGUGGGAACCAGUUUUUCAGGAGGGGAAAAUUGCUCUGUUAGCAGCUAACAGCUGCUUUAUCAGAUGUAAUGAAGAAGGUGAUAUAGAGGCCAAAAGUAAAACUGCGGGGGAUGAAGAAAUUAUUAAGAUCAGAACAUGUGCUGAAAGAGAAGCCAAACAAAAAGAUGACAUUCCUGAAGAAGACAAAGGAAACGUUAAGCAGUGUGAAAUCAACUAUGUGAAGAAAUUUCAGAGUUUUCAAGACCGCAAACUCAAAGUAAGCCAGGAAGACAGUAAAGCUCUCAAAAAAGCAAGGAAAGAAGGCACUUUUCAUGAAGCCCUGUUGGACAGGAGAGCAAAAUUGAAAGCGGAUCGAUAUUGCAAAUAGUCCAAAGAGGGCAGCUUCUCUUUUCGUACUUUAUUAGUGUCUUGUGCAUUUGUGUGAAUAUUCUGAAUAAAACAUUUU